AGUUAAAUUUACAGAUAACGGUGAAAUCCUACUAACAAUUUCAAUGCAAUCACCCGAAACCGACGAAAAUGAAGAAAAUCAAACCUAUAAUAAAAUUGUUAAAAAAGGAAGUCUGUUGAUUGAAUUAUACGAUACAGGAAUUGGUAUGGAUCCAAAAUAUGUACAACAUGCUUGGGAAAGCUUUUCACAAGGUGAUAUGUCAGUGACCAAGAAACAAGAUGGUACAGGACUUGGACUUUCAAUUUGUAAAAGUUUAGUAGAAAUUAACGGAGGAGAAAUUAAAGUAGAAAGUCAAUUAGGAAAAGGGAGUAAAUUUUGGUUUACAUGGAAUGUCGAAUCAUUAUCAAUAACUUCGUUUUUAGAAACACAAUUUAAUGAACAAUUGUGUUAUACUAUAAGACAGAAACGAAUAUUAAUAAUUCAUCCGAUUGAAAAUGUUAGAAAUAUGAUGCUGAAAUAUCUUAAAAAGAUUAAAACAGUUGAUGCAUUUGAUACCUUGGACAAAGGCAUUAGAGAAGCAAAAAAAUAUAAAGAAUUGUUUAAAACUUUUGCUUAUGAUAUAGCAUUUAUUAACCUUUAUGAAGAUAAUGAAGAAGUCUUGAAAGUGGCAUUAAAAUUAAAAGAAUUAGAAAUGUAUAAUAAUAAUUUAGUAAUAGUUUUUAUAGUAUUUCCGAAUGAUGAAGGAAAUAGAUUAGCAAAAAAAAUAAUAGAGAAAAUUGGAGGAGCAACAUCCAUUCUUUAUACUCCAAUUACAUUUAAAAAGUUAAUUAAUCAAUUUAUAUUUAUGGAAAAAAACGAUACGUUUAACAAAAAUAAUAAGAGUCGUUACAUAAACAAUAAUGUAAAUAUUAUAAAACAAGUAGAUGAUUAUAAUCUUAAGACGGAAUGUGCAAAUCAAGAAAGUACGUUCGAGUGUAAUCCUGAUGAUUCUGAGAGUAGAACAACUAAUGCUACUAAUAACAAGUGUAUUUUAUCUGUGGAUGAUGAUUAUAUAAAG